UGAACCUUAAAACAACAAAGAUGGCUGAACAUGUUUUCUUUGAACAAUCCCAAAAAAUGUUCCGAUUCCUCCGCAUCUGGAGUUCAUAUAGAAAAACUAACAAAAACAAAUUUGAUAUAUUAUUGAACUCCUGGGUAAUUAUAUUUUGUGGUUCUUUCAUUGGAAUUAUAAGCCUUAUCGAUGCCAUCCAAGCCAUUCAAAUGGAUCAAAUUGAUGUCAAAUUUACAAAAUUACUUUUUCUGUGUGUAGUCCUAGUUGUGAUACAUAAAGUUUGCACAGUAACAUAUAAUCAGAAAAUUAUUGUUGAGUUUAUAGAGCAGCUUCAAAAACUAUCAUCAACAUUUGAAAACAAAACUAACUUUUACAAUGCCCAUAAAUUGUAUAAGAAAAUUUUUUUCUUUGGCAUAUAUUCUAUGAAUAUUUCUGUCUUCGUUUUUAUGGUAGCUCCAGCAGUAUUAUUUCAAAACAAAAAAUUAUUUUUUCAACCUAAGAUUUCAUUUUUGAAUUUGCAAGAAAGUCCAACUUGGGAAUUGAUGUUUGUAUUUCAAUCAAUAAGUGCAUUUAUUUUUACAAACAUUACUUUUGGAUAUGAUACGGUGUACUGCGGAAUUAUGAUUACUUCUGCAGCCAUUCUCAAAAGUAUUGCUCGUGAGAUUAGAGAGGUUGAUGGAGUUAUUGAAGACCACCAAAUAUCAGAACAAAAGUUGAAAAACAUUAUCGAAAAAAUAAUUGAAAUAUCAGGUGUUACUAAAAAUAUAUCUGAUAUUUUUGCAAUGACGACAAUGGUACAUAUCGUUUAUGUUUGUGGAACUAUGGCUUUGGGAUUGUACGUAAUGUCAAUACAACCUUUGAACGACUUGACUUGCUUUUCAAUGUUAUUGGCAACAAUUAUGUCAAUUUUUCUUCUAUGGAUCUAUUGUUAUUUCGGUCAAACCUUAGUUGAUCAAAGGCGAAUGCUUCAAACAGAACUAUAUUUUCUAAAAUGGUAUGAAGCUCAAAGAAGCCAGAAGAUCAUGAUCUUAGUAACAAUUUCGGUAUUGCAAAGGGACUGUUUUGUUUAUGCUGGAAAAAUAAUUCCACUUUCAAUGGAAACAUUUGGCCAGGUUUUGCUAAAGGCCUAUACGUUUUUCACUUUUAUGAACGAUAUAAAAUACAAAUAAGUUCAUGUGAUUCUUGACGAUUUUUUGAUGUUUUACGUUUUUGGACAUGUUUGUCGAUGUAUUAUUCUGUGUAAUUCUUUUAAAUAAAUCAAACUGUA